AUGGCUAUCACAGACUGGCUUGUCGUGCCCAAUCUUUGGCUGCUGGCCAAAUCCCUUUUCAUCGGAUUUAUACCUUUGUAUUUUGUCACGAUUAUAUUCAAUUCUUUGUAUAAUGUGUUCCUGCAUCCUCUCAGAAAAUAUCCCGGCCCGGUUUUAAGAGCGGCUUUUGAACUGCCGGAUCUUCUCUCUAUAGUCAGAGGUACUGCAUAUAAGGACACCAAAGCAUUACACGAUAGAUACGGCUCGGUAGUCAGACUGGCACCAAAUACGCUAUCGUACAAGUCUUCUCAAGCUUGGAAAGACAUCUAUGGACUCAAACCUGAUCGGUCAGAGCUCGACAAGCACCCGCGUUAUUACAAGCGAUCAUCUCGAAACCUCCUCGUCGUUGACCAAGCUGACCAUACUCGCAUGCGUAAGCUGAUUGCUCAUGCCUUUUCUGAUACGGCCCUUCUGGAGCAAAGCCCAAUAUUGACCAAGUACUUUGAUCUGCUGGUACAAAGACUAAAACAACAGAUUGAUGGUUCUGAAAAGGGUCGAGUGAAUAUAGCUGGGUGGUUCAACUUUACUACUUUCGACAUCAUUGGUGAUAUGACUCUAGGUGAACCAUUUGGAGCCCUGGAACUAGGCGACUAUACUCCAUGGAUGGGCAAUGUCUUCUCAGCAAUUAGAUUCCUCGGAGUCAUUCGGUUCGCCGAAACAUAUCUCAUCGUUGGGCUGCUGUUUCUUUUACUACAAAAGUUGAUACCUUCAUUUGCCGCCAAAAGAGCCGCUCAUCUAGCGUACACCAAAAAGAUGAUCGACGCUCGUCUCGCUCGGGAAACCGAUAGGAGCGACUUUAUGACCCAGAUCCUUCGCCACAACGACGACCGUGGCAUGUCCUAUCAAGAAUUACUCGGUACCUGUAGAGUAUUCCUGGUUGCCGGCUCCGAGACCACAGCAACCUUGCUUUCCGGAGCGAUCUUCUACUUAUUACAAAACCCCAGCUGCAUGGAUAAAUUGAAGCAUGAAGUCAGAGAAGCCUUCCCUAAUGAAGACGAUAUCACGAUGCGUUCUGUCACUUCUUUCGGCAAACUUCCAUAUAUGGAAGCAGUUUUGCAAGAAUCAUUUCGCUGUUAUCCGCCGGUUCCGUCUACUCUUCCACGGAUUACAGGUUCCAACGGGGCACUCGUAGAGGGGAAAUAUGUUCCACCCGGGAUCUCCGUUGGGGUACACCAAUGGUCGGCAUACCGUAGCAGCAGCAACUUUGCUUCUCCAGACACGUUCGACCCGGAUCGAUGGCUGCCCAAUGCACCAGCAAAGUACCAAGAGGACGAUAAGGCGGUGCUCCAACCAUUCACACUUGGGCCUCGGCAAUGUAUAGGCAAAGGACUAGCAUAUUUUGAGCUUCGGUCUAUCCUCGCCCGUAUGAUGUGGCAUUUUGAGAUAGAGUUGGAUGCAGAAAGCAAAGACUGGCUGGACGAUCCAAAGGAGUUUGCUCUUUGGCACAAGCCACCGUUGUGGGUUAAGUUGAAGCAUCGCACUGAUUGA